AUGAGACGAACGGGCCGCCGUACGCAAUACCAUCUCGCGUAUGUUGAUACAACUCGAAAUAUUAACAAUCCCAAUCUCGUUAGGCCAGGUGGUUGGCCAGUAUCUGGACCAAAGAUAAAUGGAACUUCCACGUACUAUGAAAUUAGUAUAUGUAAUCCUUUCAAUUAUACUUCAGCUUCUCUUAGCGAAGGUUGUCCACAGAGUUCUAUUUGUGAAAUUUCAGGGGGAAAAGCACUUAGUUUUGCAAACCCCAUUGACCCACGCUAUCAUUAUGUCAUUUUGGACAAUGAUGACAGUGAUUUUACUCUAUAUGUUACCACAGAUGAUUUGUGUGAUUCAAAGUGGGGUCGAAUUCGAGAAGCUGAAAUAGAGUUUGAAUGUGGUCCAAAUCUUGGAACACCUCAUUUUGUACUACGGAGUCAUUGUAAGGUGAAAUUUUACUGGAAAACUUCAGUUGCUUGCAUCAACAAGCCCAAAUCCCAUCAAGUUCCUUGCUAUGUCAUUGAUCAUGAAGGUAAUGUGCGAGAUUUGUCUCAUCUCAUUUUGAAGAAAGGAGGCUAUUCUGUUGUAGUAGGAUAUCUGGAAAAUUUUGAUUUUACAGUCAAUGUUUGUUCUGAGAUAUCUGGUGAUGAAGGCUGUGGCUCAAACUCGUCAGCAUGCAGAGUUGAUUGGAAUAAUUCUUUAUCAUUUGGAAAACCUCACGGGCGCCUUCAAUACACCCAAGAAGGAUUAAUUUUGUCUUAUUUAACAGAUGAAAUAUAUUCACAGCUACCUAAGGGAUGUAGUCUCAGACCUAAGACAACUAUUGUAUUUAAAUGUCCUCCAAGACAUCAUAGCAGUCGGCCAGCAUUGAUAUCUAACUAUAACUGUCAGUAUAAAGUAGAGUGGUAUACUGAAUAUGCCUGUCCUCAAAACUUAAAAGGAAGUUUGGAAACUUGUCAGUUUACAACAGAAUCUCAUGGAGUUGAAAUAGAUUUAAGGCCUUUGAAAAGGAAACCUUUUUUUAAUAUUUCCAGUAUAUUCUCUGGGUAUUCCACAUUUGCUAUAAGUGUUUGUGGUGGACUUAAAAAUUUUAUUUGCAGCGGUAAAAAUAGGAAAUCAACUUCUUAUCCUGGCCAAGAAUCAUGCGAUAAUGUUAGAAAUCAGUCAACUGUAAUAAAGUUUCUUUGUGAUUCUAAAGCUAGUAAUAAUGGGGAUGGGCAGCCUAUUUUUAUAUCUUCAGAGUCUUGCAUUUAUACAUUUGAAUGGAGAACAAAACAUGCAUGUGCGAAGCCUUCGUUUGAAUCUACGGUUUUGAAAUGGAGGGACUACUGCUCUAUUUAUUUUAAAAACAAAGAAAUUAAUCUAAAAGGAUUAUUUUUAAGGAAAGGAGAAGCUUGGGAAGCCACCGAUCAAAGAAAUUUAGUCCGUGAACAUAAUGCUAAGUAUUAUGUGAAUGUAUGUGGCCAGGUGUCAUAUUUAGGUAAUUUAAGUAGUUGUGGUCCAGGUUCUUCUGCGUGUGUUUUGGGCAGUAAUGGUAAAUAUCUGAAUAUAGGAAACUUUACUAUGCCACCCAUUUAUGAUAUAAAUUCAGAUUCCACUAGGUUGACUUAUAUUGGUGGAAGCCUUUGUAAGGGCGGAAAGCGAUGGAAAUCAACUAUUGACUUUUUCUGCCGCCCCGGACACAUUAAUUCUAAGCCAAUAUUGGUUUAUAUAGAUGAGUCAGAAUGCCAGUACAAAUUUAAAUGGUACACUUCUGAAGCAUGCCCAAAAGGCACUUUAGAAGUUGAGGGUGCUAACUGUAAAGUAGAGGCUGAUAAUUUAGGCAUUAAUUAUGAUUUGACACCUCUUAAACAUAAAGUAUAUGAAGUGGAUUUUGAAUCCUACAGAUUCUACAUUAGUAUUUGUGAAACCUAUAAACCAACAUGCGUAAUAACUCCAAUGUCAGCUGAAAGUAUAGGUAAUUUCCAGGAAAAGAAAAUUAAUUUUUCGUCAUGGAAGAUUGAAAUUUCUGAUUUAGAGUACCGCAAUGGGAUUAUUUCCUCCAGUUUUUAUUUAUGUCAUCCGUUUAACAAGCAUGCUAAAAUAGUAUUCAUUUGUGAUUUCAGUGCUGGAAAUGGAGGUCCUCAAUUUGUAAAACAUGAUGGAUCUUACAUUUUUCACUGGCAUACUAAUGUAGUUUGCUCCAACUCUCCGAUUGAGUGCAUGGUACAAGAUUCAUUUUCUCAUUUAAUUUACGACCUGUCAUUAUUAUCUGCAUAUGAGAACAGUCGGGUACCAGUUGCAAAUAAAGAUAAUAAAGAAAUGGGGAUCUAUUUGAGUGUUUGCCGACCUCUGGCUGAGCCGUUACUUUGUGACUCAAAAGCUGCUGCAUGUAUGGUUGAAAACGUUGGUGAGAAUGAGAAGGCUGUUAUAUCUAAUUUAGGACAGUCAAGUACUCUUCUAGUUUUAGAGGGUCCUGGUCAUCUUAUUCUUAAGUAUACUAAUGGAAAUAUUUGCACUGCAUAUGGUAAAAACGUCACUUAUUCGACAACAAUACAUUUUGUCUGUGCAGAAGAUGAAAUUGGGAACAAUUAUCUACAGUAUUUAAAUAAAGUUGAUGCAUGUGAAUAUGUUUUUUUUUUUUUGUGGUCAACUAAAGCUGCUUGCCCGACUGGCAUUGUGCAAUCUUUUGAAAGUUGCCAGCUUACUGAUCCUGAUUCUGGUUUUACUUUUGAUUUGACUCCUCUUUGGAAAGCCAAUGAACCGUACACAGUAAAGGUAGACUUUAACACUACUUACCAGCUUAAUAUAUGUGGUAGAGUGGUAUCUGGGUGUUUAUCCUCUGGUGGGAAACAACAAUCUAAACGUGUCAGUGUGUGUCGAACUGAUUCAAAAGGUAAAUUAAUACAUAACAUAGCUGUGUCAAAUUCAUAUUUCCUUAGCUAUUCGACUGGAAGUGAUUUGUCAAUCUCUUACCAACCUGAUGGAGUUUACGACAGGGAAGUAAUAAUAAAAUUUCCAUGUAAUAAAACAACAGCAGAUCUAAAUCCGAAAUUAAUAAGCAACGAUUACAGGAAUGACCAAUUAAUUUUCGAGAUGAAGACAUCUCUUACUUGUAUCCCUUCACAUUUUGACUGCAAUGUGAUUGAUGAAUAUGGUAAUGAAUAUGAUUUAAAUCCUCUUGCAAAAUUCAGGAAGAUAAAUUGGGAGGCUACCGACAAUAGACCAAGCUAUUCACAUUUAAGGUACCAUAUAAAUUUCUGUCGACCAUUGAACAAGGUAUCUGCUUAUACGUAUAUGUCCUGCUGGCUCUUCAGGAGCUUGUGUAACUAAUGCUUUGCAAAACGAAAGUAUAGGCC